GUUGGUGGAACAAAAGCUGGAGUUGUGCGUUUCUUGGGAGAAACUGACUUUGCUAAAGGAGAAUGGUGUGGAGUAGAACUGGAUGAACCUCUGGGAAAGAAUGAUGGAGCCGUUGCUGGAACAAGGUAUUUUCAGUGUCAGCCAAAAUACGGUUUGUUUGCUCCAGUCCACAAAGUUACGAAGAUUGGAUUCCCGUCAACCACACCAGCGAAAGCAAAGACAACUGUGCGAAAAGUGGUUGCAACUUCCACAGCCCUGAAACGUAGUCCAAGUGCAUCUUCCCUGAGCUCUCUCAGUUCUGUGGCAUCUUCAGUAAGCAGCAAGCCAAGCCGUACAGGACUAUUGACAGAAACAUCCUCCCGCUAUGCAAGAAAAAUUUCUGGUACCACAGCCCUGCAGGAGGCACUGAAGGAGAAGCAGCAACACAUUGAACAGCUCCUGGCAGAAAGGGACCUCGAGAGGGCAGAAGUUGCAAAAGCAACCAGUCACGUAGGGGAAAUAGAGCAGGAAUUAGCACUUGUUCGCGAUGGACAUGAUCGGCAUGUACUGGAGAUGGAAGCUAAAAUGGACCAGCUACGAGCUAUGGUGGAGGCUGCUGAUAGGGAGAAAGUGGAGCUUCUCAAUCAGCUUGAGGAAGAGAAAAGGAAAGUUGAAGACCUUCAGUUCCGUGUGGAAGAAGAAUCCAUUACCAAAGGAGACCUAGAGCGAAAGAGGCAGAUUUCGGAAGACCCAGAAAAUACGCAGACCAAAUUGGAGCAUGCCCGCAUUAAGGAGCUUGAACAGAGCCUGCUCUUUGAAAAGACCAAAGCUGACAAACUCCAGAGGGAGUUAGAAGACACUAGGGUGGCCACGGUAUCAGAAAAAUCUCGCAUCAUGGAACUAGAAAGAGAUCUAGCAUUGCGGGUGAAGGAAGUAGCUGAGCUUCGAGGGAGAUUAGAGUCUAGUAAACACAUUGAUGAUGUGGACACUUCUCUUUCAUUGUUACAAGAAAUAAGUUCUUUGCAAGAAAGAAUGGCAGCAGUUAGCAAAGAACAUCAGAAUGAGAUGAAUUCACUGAAAGAGAAGUUUGGAAUUAGUGAAGAAGCAUUGCAAAAAGAGAUCAAAUCACUUUCAGCUUCAAAUGAGAGAAUGGCGAAAGAAAAUGAAUCCUUGAAAACUAAGCUUGAUCAUGCCAACAAGGAGAAUUCAGAUGUAAUAGAGCUCUGGAAAUCGAAGCUGGAAUCUGCAAUUGCCUCCCAUCAACAAGCAAUGGAAGAGCUAAAAGUUUCUUUCAGCAAAGGUGUAGGGGCUCAGACAGCAGAAUUUGCGGAGUUAAAGACUCAGAUUGAGAAGAUUAAAUUAGACUAUGAAAAUGAAAUGUCAAAUUUAAAACUGAAGCAGGAAAAUGAAAAAACUCAUCAUUUAAAAGAGAUUGAAUCACUGAAAGCAAAACUGUUGGCAGUCACAGAGGAGAAAGAGCAAAACCUGGAAAGCCUGAAGACCAAACUGGAAAGUGUGGAAGAUCAGCAUCUAGUAGAAAUGGAAGACACUUUAAACAAAUUACAGGAAGCUGAAAUAAAGGUAAAGGAGCUAGAGGUACUGCAAGCCAAGUACAAUGAACAAACCAAAGUUAUUGAUAGUCUUACACCACAGAUCAAAGCUGCUGAAGAAAAGCUUUUGGACCUUGCUGCACUUCAGAAAGCCAAUUCUGAAGGUAAAUUGGAAAUCCAGAAACUUAGCAAGCAGCUUGAGGCAGCUGAGAAACAAAUUCAGAAUUUAGAGACUGAAAAGGUUGAUGGAACUAGCAAGGCUAGUAAUCUGGCCAAAGAACUGCAGGGCAAAGAGCAAAAGCUUCUUGACCUUGAGAAAAACUUGAGUGCAGUAAAUCAAGUUAAAGAUUGUUUGGAAAAGGAACUUCAAGUUUUGAAAGAAAAGUUUACUAGUGCAGCUGAUGAAGCAGAAAACGUUCAACAAACUAUGCAAGAAACAAUAAAAAAACUAAACCAAAAAGAAGAGCAGUUUGCACUCAUGUCUGCAGAACUGGAACAGCUGAAGUCUAGUUUGACUGUGAUGGAGAAGAAAUUGAAGGAGCGAGAGGAGAGAGAACAGCAACUGGUUGAAGCUAAAACCAAACUUGAAAAUGAUAUUGCAGAGAUCAUGAAGUCUUCAGGAGACAGCUCUGCCCAGCUUACAAAAAUGAAUGAUGAGCUCCGGUUAAAAGAAAGGCAGUUGGAGCAAAUACAACUUGAGCUUACAAAAGCAAAUGAAAAGGCUGUUCAGCUUCAGAAAAAUGUGGAGCAGACAACACAGAAAGCUGAACAGAGUCAGCAAGAAACUCUCAAGAUUCAUCAGGCAGAACUGAAAAAUAUGCAGGAUCAACUAACAGACAUGAAAAAGCAAAUCGAGACUAGCCAAACUCAGUAUAAGGAUCUUCAGGCAAAGUAUGAAAAAGAAACUUCUGAGAUGAUCACUAAACAUGACGCAGAUAUCAAGGGGUUUAAGCAGAACUUGCUGGAUGGAGAAGAGGCACUGAAAAUUGCACAAAAGAAAAUCAAUGAGUUAGAAACACGGGCUGAGGAGCUGAAAAAGCAAGCAGAACAGGCCAAAGCUGCCAAAGUGGCAGAAGAUGUUUUCCAGACUGUGGAGAAGGUGACCAAAGAGAAGGAUGCCAUUCACAAAGAAAAGAUUGAAACUUUGGCCUCUUUGGAGAACUCUAGACAGACAAAUGAGAAGCUGCAGAAUGAAUUGGACAUGCUUAAACAAAACAACCUGAAAAAUGAAGAGGAACUUAAUAAAUCAAAAGAACUUCUAAAUCUGGAGAACAAGAAAGUGGAAGAACUUAAAAAAGAAUUCGAAGCGCUGAAGCUGGCAGCAGCUCAGAAGUCCCAGCAGCUUGCAGCUUUGCAAGAGGAGAACGUGAAACUUGCCGAGGAGCUGGGCAGGAGCAGGGACGAAGUCACAAGUCAUCAGAAGCUGGAAGAGGAGAGAUCAGUACUCAAUAACCAGUUAUUAGAGAUGAAAAAGAGGUAA